GGCCCCGAACAAACCGGGGGGAACCAACGGAGUCAGCCCCGGGGUCCAGGGCACCAUGGCUCAGGACAUGACCGAGAAGGAGCUGCUCAAGAUGGAGCUGGACCAGCUGAAGAAGGAGGUGAAGAACGAGAGGCAGAUGGUGUCCAAGACGGGCAAGGAGAUCAAGGAGUACAUCGAGUCCAUGGCGGGCGAGGACCCGCUGCUCAAGGGCGUGCCCGAGGACAAGAACCCCUUCAAGGAGAAGGGCGGCUGCACCAUCAGCUGACCCCGGGCCGCCGGCCGCUCCUGCUUCCCCUCUAGUCUGACCCCGGCCUGCCCGGAGCCAACCCUAGCGCGCUGAAACGGGAGGAAAAGAAGAAAUAAAAAAAGCGUGAACAAAGAAAAAAACC